AGAUACCUACGCCUGCAGCCUUGUUCUUAAUUAUGCAAUUAAAAAUAAAAAUGGCGAUAUUCCUGAGCAUAUAACUCAGGUAAUGGAUAAAUUGUUAGUUACUUUCAACAAAAUCGAAUGUGCCAGAACUAAGGCAGCAAGUUUAAGAUCUAUUGUGAUAAUGGCUACAAGUUAUCCAAAGAUUGUAAUGAAUAAUUUACUUAACCAACCGCUCCCAUACCAACUGGUUAUUUGCGAUUGCUUGGGAGCGUUAUCAACUGACGAAAGUGUUGUCCUAAUUUUUUUCGACCAUUUUAAAAAAUUAUUUAAAUGCACCACACCAUAUGCAGAAAAACAUAGCGAUACAAAUAUUACAAGUUUACAACCACUUCAGGUUAUAUGCGCAUUAAAUGAAAUAUGCAAAAAUGUUCAAUUGCAAUCACUUGUUAAACAGCAGUUUCCUGAUGUUUUUUGUCGCUUAAUCAUUAUCCUUGCUUCAUAUACCGAAGUUGAAAUGCCAGCGAAAGACAUCCAGUGUUUAAAACCUACAAAUUUAUGUCUCAAAGCCGCAAAGCAAAUAUUAACUUGUUGUGGUUAUGAUGAAGUAUCAAAAGUGCUUCCUUACAGCGGGGUCACUGAAUUAAAAGAUGUCCUUGAUAUUAUUCCGAAAUUAACCAAGGAAAUGUGCGUUGUGGCUUCUGACAUACUGCCUUCAUUCGUUUCAUCUUUGGCACAGUUUUCGAGGUCGGAAUGUAUUCCUUGGAGAUCUUGUGCAACGAAAUUCCUUGCAUCAUUACUAGAAUACUAUAUUGACAUUUCUUUGGUUCUUGCUGAGAACAUUAUUGAAAUUCUUUUGGGGUGUCAGAGCGACUCGAGCUGCAUGGUUCGCCAAAUAGCCUUUUAUGGUUUAGGAGUAGCAUUGGAAAAACUACACUGGGAUAUUACGUCAAGAUACUGCGACGGUAUUGUGGAUGCGUUUUUGCGGACAUUAGAAUAUUAUAAUGGAAAAGAAGAACUACAAGUGGUUUUAGAAUGUAUAUUAAGUUUUUCCAAGCUUUUAAAGGCAUUGGAGAAAAGUAAUUAUCAACUCUGUUCAUUUCAAGUAACGGCAGCUGUAAGAAUAAAGCCAUUAUUUGAACAAGAAAGCGGAGAUUUAAGGGCCGCUUCGUUUUACUUUCUUGGUGAUCUUGCUGAUUCUUCAUUAAGAGGAAAGAAUGCUGAUGUCUUCAAAGAACAUAUUUACGGAGAUUUCGUACCUCUAUUGCUACAUUUGGUUGAUGAAAAUGAAGGUGUUGUUCAGGGAUGUAAAUAUGCUUUGCAAAGGAUAGCUCCAAUUUUAAAUAGUCCUAACAUAUCCAAAACAAUACAAAAAAAUAUUUCAACCAAUAACGUCAACUUUACUGAAUUAACAAGCGAGUUUGUUGCUAUUUUGGGUGAAGAAUUGCAGGAAUUAUUACCAGUUCUAUUACAAGCCUGUGCCUCGUACUGGAAGACGGAGUGUAUUUUAAUAAAAGCCCAUGCUCUUUUGUUGGCACGAAUCAUUAUUCAAGCAACUAAUGAAGAAUCGUUUAAUGAGAUCCCCAUGGUCACCUUGAGCCACCGUUUAUUGAAUUUAUGUGAGGAUUGUGACCCAUAUGUAAGAGCACAGGCAAUAAAAACUGUAUCAUCAUUUUUUUUGAAAUAAUUGUUUUCUACCUUUAGAAUAGAAUUGCUUUUAAGAGAAUGUUUUAAGAAUUGCUUGUAUUUUGUAUUUAUCAUAAUAUGACUAUUUUCAUUGAUGAAUAUUUUCUGAAAAGGGAUCGGUAGUAAUAAAUUACUGCUAAGUCCUCCGAUAUAGGAAUAUCUUGUAUUAUUUUUGUAAUAUAAUAAACGUCUUAUUUCAA